AUGCCUCGUGCCCCAAGAACUUACUCCAAGGUUUACUCUGUGCCAAAGCAGCCAUACGAGUCUGCUCGUUUGGACGCUGAAUUGAAGUUGGCUGGUGAGUACGGUCUCAAGAACAAGAGAGAGAUCUACAGAAUCGGUUUCCAGUUGUCUAAGAUUAGAAGAGCUGCCCGUGACUUGUUGACCAGAGAUGACAAGGACGAGAAGAGAUUGUUCGAAGGUAACGCUUUGAUCAGAAGAUUGGUGAGAGUCGGUGUCUUGCCAGAGGACAAGAUGAAGUUGGAUUACGUCUUGGCCUUGAGACCAGAGGACUUCUUGGAGAGAAGAUUGCAAACCCAGGUUUUCAAGUUGGGUCUUGCCAGAUCUAUCCACCACGCCAGAGUCUUGAUCACCCAGAGACACAUUGCUGUUGGUAAGCAGAUCGUCAACGUUCCAUCCUUCAUGGUUAGAUUGGACUCCCAGAAGCACAUUGACUUCGCUCCAAACUCUCCAUACGGCGGUGGCAGACCAGGUAGAGUGAAGAGAAGAAACCAGAACAAGAACGCUGAAGGUGCCGAGGAGGACGAGGACGCUGUGAUGUCUGAAACAGCCAAUAUCCAACAGAAUGCAUUCCAAAAUGCUCUUCAGACGUGGAAAGAGAUAGAUUUGCCAUCAUUGCAGAAAAAGCUCGAUGAGCAGGGAAUUGAACUCAAAUCAGAACAAAAGGCUUCGUUGACAAGUAGGAAGAACCUUGCGUCCAAGACCAAAGAGUUCAAGAAACUCGAGGAUGCUGAUAAACUUGGGGAGAUCAAGCAUCUUCUAAAGAUGUACCAGAAUGAAAUUGAUAACAUGAAUACAAAGCAAAAGAAGGUGGAGGCUUUCUUCUUUGGUUUCUAUAGAUUGAUCGCUGAAGCUCCUGAUCCCAAGCCACUUUUAGAACUUUGCUUGGAUGCGGUGGUAAACCUGAAUGAAGCUUCCGAGUUGAAACAGCAGCUCGCUCAUCUUAACGAAGAGCUCGCGAAGAAAGCCGAUUACGAAGUCUUGAAGCAACGUCUAUUGCAGAAUGAGCAAGAACUGGCAGCGCUUCUAAGUACCAAGCUUAAGGCAAAAGAAGAUGAGCUUCAGUCUUUGAUUCAUGAGAAGGAAUCAAACUGGGCCAAUAAGGAAAAGCAGCAUCAAGAACAGAUUGCAUCUUACAAGCUUACCAUUGACGAGCUCAAAACUUCGAUGGAGGUUACUGAGCUUCAAUUGAACUCACACAACAAGCAAUUCAACAAUGGUGAAGAUGGUGGUGCCUCGGGUCAAGACACAGCUUCUACUUUGGUUGAGUUAGAUAUGGCCAACCGUGAUGCCGAAAUGUGGAAGAAGAGAGUUUACGACUUGGAAAAAAGAAACGAGAACUUGCGUCAAGAGUUGAGCGUUGCAUUGAAUGAUUCUGCUAGUACUGCUAUUAAGUCAGAGUUCCAAAGGAAGGUCGCAGAUUUAGAGAGCGAGAAUGCCCUUUUGAUGGCUGAUUUGAAUCAAGUAAAGACAAGAGUCAGUUCGAUCUCUGAAGAAAACUCUACGAAGGUGCUGCUGUUAACAAGAGACUUACAACAUGCAUCUGAUGAAAUCAAGCAUUUGAAAGAGAAACUAGAAAGAACGACUGAUUACGACGAGAUUAAGCAUGAACUCCAAUUAUUGCGCCAAAUUGAAUUCGGUGACAAUAUCUUGGAUGAAGAUAGUGAAAGCACUGAGCAGCCCAAGCAGAUAGAUUCCUUGUUAAUUGAGAGAAACAAGGCGAUGACCACUGAACUUGCAGGCUUGAGGUCCCAACACGAUGGACUUGUAUCGCAGAUCAACGACCUUCAAAGUCAAUUACAGGAUGGCCAGGGCGAAGUAUCGAGACUCACAGAACUCAACGCUAAACUUGAAAAUGAUUUAGCUGAUAUGAGAGGUUCGGCAAGUCCUCAGCUCAAUGAUACCGCAAGCAUGAUCUCCGGAAUUUCCAGGAUGACAAAGAAUACUACGAGACAUGGAUCUGCUGGCGGAGCACACCAUCAAGGAGAAGAUGGGUCUAUCCUCCCCAUUAUCACCAAACAAAGAGAUCGCUUUAGAGAUAGAAACAAGGAACUUGAGGACGACCUUAAGCGCCAGAUGAAUUUGGUCAACGAAUUGAAGAGACAGAAUCGCUCUUUGAAGAGUGAUAAUGAGGAUCUCUACGAAAAGUCCAGAUACAUGGCGCUGCUCAAGAAAGACGAGAACCAGGUGGCUGAAGGCGCCUCGGCAAAUUCAAACCGUCGACUCUUUACGCCAAAGCCUAAUGCUUCGCUAGAUCUUGAACGAAACGCAUACGAAAGCGAGUACGAAUCAAAGUUACAUCCAAUUGAACGCUUUAGAAUGAGAGAACAGGAGAGAAUCAGCUCGAGAUUGUCACCGUUUGAACGAAUUUUCAUCUCCAUCACCAGAUCAAUCUUAGCUACGAGGACUACAAGGAUGCUCUUCUUGGCCUACUGUGUCUUCCUUCACUUCUUAGUCAUGUUCACCACCAUUCACUCCAUGUCAAUCAGCACAAAAAUGAUUCCUGAGAUUGCAGAACUGUUCGAUAAGGAAUUGGGUGGCAAAUGGGCAGUCGUGGAAACUUUGAUUACUUCAUCGUAUAGCGGCUGUGGAACAGGUAGCUUAAAGCGUGACGUUCGCCAAUUGGCCCAGCUUGUGAAGUAUCUCAGGACAAACAGGGGUACUACUGACUCUAAGGUGGUCCUCAUGGGCCAUUCUACAGGAUGUCAAGAUACAUUGGAGUAUCUCUCCAAAUUCACUUAUCAGGACGAUUUUGAGGACAUUUUCAGAUUGGACGGUGGUAUCUUACAAGCUCCGGUCUCGGACACGGAGGCAUCCGAGUAUUUCAACAAGGAUUCCAACAUCAAGGAAGUGCUUAAGCAGGCUAAGAAGCUCAUUGAUGAAGGCAGAGGAGAGGAAUUGCUUUCUGAAGAAGCCAGGAGGUUGGCUGCCAAUACUCCAGUGUCGGCUUACAGAUUUUAUUCGUUAAAUGCUAGGAGAACUGAUGAUGACUAUUUCUCUUCCUAUCUUAAUGAGGAGGACUAUUCUCAAACGUUUGCGAAGGUUAAGCUGCCAUUGCUUGUUUUGGUCGGUGAGAAGGAUGAAUUCAUUCCUCCCUCGGUGGAUCGUUCCGCCUUGUUAGAGGACUGGAAGAAGGUCACACCGAAAGACAUCUGGAGCUCACACAGCAAGAUAGUCAAGGGUGCUGACCAUAAGGGAGGCGGACCAUUGGCUGACGCUGGCGCUGCAGAGGACAUCUCCAAGACGGUCAUUGAGUUUAUCGAAAGCAACUUUUAA